AUGGCUUUUCCUAAGCAGCUUCUACUCUGUGGACUAAUCAAGAUUCUGAUUGUGUUGCUGACAAUCGCUGUCCUUAUUCUGCUCGAUCCUACAUAUGUGACAGCUUACAUCUCUAUCAACUAUGAGAUUGUUCUCAUUUACAUCGUUUCUGGAUUAACACUCCUCUACUGUAUUGUCAGCGCCAUCAUGUACUUCACUCUCACCAAACGAGAGGGCGAGAUUCCACUUACCAACGUAGCCUUAACAGAGGUUAUCUUGUGCACAGCUGGAAUCAUGGGAUGGCUAAUCAUCAUUGGCAUUGGCGGAACCAUCUCUCAAAGAACUAUCAUUGAGACUGGAGAACGAUUCGGAUGGCUAGCCGCAAUUGCUGGAAUCAUCACCGGAUGCUUCUUAGGAAUCUUUGGAAUGUUCAUUCUGACCAUCAUCAAUGAGAAGAACUGA